GCUGUUUAGUUUUUGUUUUGUAUUUUCAUUGCAAUAUCUACUGAAAGUGUCCAGUUUAUUAAUUGUGUCUUAUUUGUUUUCCUAUUGAUUCUAGAUAUGAAUGAACCAGUGUUCAUCAGCCAUUAUGAUAAGAAAUUGAUUGAUAUAAAUGAUUUACCUGUUGGAAAUCCUGUUGUCGUUAAUACUAUUCAACUGCUUAAUUUAUCUUCCAAAUUGGAUCAAGCUUUCACCGGCUCAACUCGGUUUCUUCCCUCAUCAGAUGAUCUACAAUGUCUUCAGCUUAAACAAGUCUCAUCAAAUGACGAUUAUGAUCAUAUUUCUCGCUUCCUCAGUCGAGAAUCUGUUCAACAAUUGUUAAAAAGAGCCAUCCUUUUAAUUACUACUCACUCAGGAUAUCACGAGACCAGUGAAAGCAUCAUUGAGAUACUUACACAGAUCGCUGGUGAAUAUUUGAAAAAGAUUUCCUGUAUUCUUCGAGCCUCUGUUGAUUCUAAACAUUUCAAAGGCGAAAAUGAUUUUAUAGAUUUAAUAAAUCGAGCUUUUGCUGAAAUUGGUAUGGAUUUACCAAAAAUUCAACAUUAUGAAUCAACUCUCAGAUCAUAUCGUAAUAAUGUACAUAAAGAAGUAAUGAAAAAGCUUAAUAUCGUUCACCAAAAUAAUGCAACAAAGUUUAAUUAAUAUUUUGUAUCAAUAACUUUUUCAUAUAAAGUCGUUUACAUAAAUUUA